GAAGAAGAAAAUCUAAAAGAUAUUUCAUUCUUUCUUUCAUUUUACCUCUGCGUCUCUCGACUUUGGCGAGCGCGAGAGCGAGAGAGAGAGAGAGAGAGAAGACCUUUUCCGAAGGGUUUUUCUCUUUUUCCUCUUGUGUUUCAUGCGCAGAGGAACACAAUUCUCUUCUUCUUGAUUUUUCUUUCUCUUCAAUCUCUGAGAGAGAGAGAGAGAGAACAAGAAGAAGAAGAGAAGGUUCCUUGAUAACUGAGGGAGACGGAAAGAGAAUAGAAAUUUAUAGAAAACAGACAGACCUCCAUGGACUCAACGACAACAGCUGCCACGCUUAUGCAGGAGAAGGAGUCAAUGGUGGAUAGCUUCUUGGUCGAGGCUCUUCAGAAUCCUCGUCAUCGUCUCACCAUUCUUCGGAUGGAACUUGAUAUCCAGAGGUUUUUGCAAAGUCAUGAUCAGCAGCAGUUUGAGUUCCAACAUUUUCCCACUUCUUAUCUUCGACUUGCUGCACAUCGUGUUGCUCAACAUUAUGGGCUGAUAACUAUGGUUCAGGACAGUGGCUUAGACGGCCUCGGUAACAAAAUUCUGGUAAGAAAAACAGCUGAAAGCAGAUACCCAGCUGUCCGUUUAUCUGAAAUCUCUGCAAAGCAAUCAGAAAAUGAUAAACCAGAAAAUAUUAAAAUUGUGAUUAGGCCGAGGCCUAAUAAGGGAUAUUUGAGUGAAGGUAAUGACAUGGAGAUAAAACAAAGUCCUAUGAGAAGUGUUGAAGAGAGAAAGGAGGAGUAUGACAAGGCACGAGCUCGCAUCUUUAGUAGCCCUGGUAGUUCUGAGUAUGAUGACCUGUCAUCUAAUGCCCCUGUGAAGGAAGAUACAUGCCCUAGCAGAGAUGAGAAUGAAGAUGCAAAACUCGCUGACUGAUACAGACAGAGUGCGAGUGUCAGGAU